CGCACGCUUCACUCUGCAGCCUCUUUAUCACACACACUGCAGCACAUCAGCACACACACUCCCACACACACGCAGUUUAACUUCUUCAUCUCUCAGAGAAAAGUGACGGAAAAAAACAAGAUGGGAAAAAUUAACGGAUGCCUCAAGUGCCUUUUUAUCUUCUUCAACGUGCUGUUCGCAAUCUUGGGAUGCGUUCUGGUCUACGGGGCGGUGAAGGUCAGCACCUACAGCCACCAGAUGUCGGCGGUUGGGAGCCCGAGCCUGGGAUGGAUUUGGGUGUUUGCGAUCGGCAUUCUUGGUAUUUCCUGCUUGGGAAUCUAUGCAGGCAGCUCAGAGAAGGAGCUCGCCCUCAAAAUAUUUGCAGGCUUCAUGGGCGUCGGAAUGAUCAUCAUGCUGAUCUUUGGCAUCAUUGUUGCUGUCACAAGGAACAAGCUGAAGGCCGGCCUGGACAGCGUGGCUGCUGAGAUUGCGAAGCCCUUAAUGGCAGAUGAGGAACUAAGAGCAGCGCUUGAUGAGCUGCAGCAAACUGUUCAUUGCUGUGGAGUUGUGGGCCCGACCGACUGGGGUCAGACAAUCCCUCAGUCCUGUAGGUGCUCUGGAAGUGGUUAUGGAUCAUUUGGAUCAUAUGGAGGAUCUGAAUGCAAAGCCAGACCUCAGGGAACCACAGGCCCCGACAAAGUCUUUGCAAAGCCCUGCAGUGAGAUCAUCUUUAUCUGGAUCGACCUCGUCUUCCAGAUCAGCAUGGGUUUCCUCUUUGGAUUUGCUGUCACGGCACUGCUGGGCCUGCUGGUUUCCCUCCUGAUGAUCCGUCAGGUCAGACGCCACGACGGCGUGGGAGGAUCGUCCAUGGCUAUGAAGGGCUACUGAGAGGAGCCGUCCUCCCCUGACUCUUAACCUCUGCACUAUAGUGGUCCAUACGUGACCUCUUCUUCUUUACUUUUUUAUGACAUCGGUGUCUUUUGAGAGCGACGGAGGCAGCAGGAGGCAGAGGGAUGAUGAUGAUGAUGAUGAUGUGAUGCGCUGCAGGAAGAUUUCACUUGGGAGCGAAAGUGCUGCCUUGCGGCAUCUUUCUCUUCCGGCUUUCUAUUGUAGAAAAUAUUGCAAACAUUUAUUUUUUUGUGAAUCAUUUUAUCUGUUUGUGUUCUUUGAUGGUGUGCAGUAUAUAGCAGCCUUAUGUAACAGAGAUAUUAUGUAGAAACAGUGGCUAUGCUCAGCCUUCACCACAUCUGGCUACAGCUCAAUUAACCCGAGGAGGUCAGAACAUCAGUUAUUAGCGGCAGACUUUUGAAAAUCCUCUUGCUUUUCAUCUUAAGCUCCGGGCACACCAGAAAAUAAAGUUUCUUAAAGCAUGUUUGGGAAAAUGUGACGCUGGGGUGUAGCUGCUGAGCUAAUUGCUAAUGCUGUCCGGGAACGUGCUGGUGCCUCGCGCUCCUCCAGCUAAAUGUCUGUAGCUUUAAGUUCCUGUGACUGUCAGCUAAUGUCUUCACCAGCUGCCAAAUCCAGAUUUUCAAUUUUUACUGACAGUAACUAAUGACCACAAACAGGUCUAAGAUGAAUUCUUCUAAACCUGGAUUUGUAUUUCUGGAGGAAUUACCAACAUUUGGAGUUUGGAAAAGCGUGAAAAAGCUUCACAGCCUCCUCGGGUUAAAGCAGAGCAGCAGCAGAAAAAGAACAGCAAAUAUUCAUUAUCUCCAAAGCUAUGUGUAUGUCCACGUAAAGCACUUCAGUCCUGUAAAAACAGAGCACUCCACUGGACUUCAGGGCAGAAAUCACAUUACAACAAAAUCUGUUGAGAGCAGGUAACAUCAGACAAAAUCCCAUCUACAAUGAAAACGAUUCUGUGUGUGAGGCAAAGUGAAGAUAAGAAUAUAAAACUCACACACUGUGGAUGAAGCUCAGGGUUAAGUUCUCACAUCUCCCACAGACAAUAAACAUCCCAUCACAACAAGAAACAGGACAGGUGAUUUAAACAGAAGACAGGUGCUGUGAGAGGAGUCUUUCUGUUGUAAAAUCUGUACUCAUUUUGUUUCAGAAUAAACUGCAGAGACUGAAUAUCCA